AUGCAGCAGCUUGAGCAGCAGCUGAAUCGGCGAAGGCAUAGAGAUGCAGGCGGCAACACUAGCCCGAGCCGAACCCCGCCUGGAAUGAGACACCGAAGUGUCAACGUCGUGCCGGCGUUGCCAGCCUCGCCGCCGCCAUCGAGAGGAGCGGCGGCGGUGGGGGCGGCGGCAUCUCCCGCAACGGCGGCCGAUCCCGAGCCUUCCGUGUUGGCUCCUGGCUCUCCUGCUACAACCGCUGCCGCUGCCGCCGCCGCCGCCGGCACGGGCCCGUCCCUUUUGGACGUGAGCUUCCUGGUCGCGUCGGGCGGGUGGUUGGACCUCGCCAGCGGCAAACACCUGCAGGAGGCCUCGGGCACGCUGUGCCGGGACUGCAGGGAGUACGUCGGCAGCCACCUGCGGGUGGACUACUCGACACCGCGGGCACUGUGGCCGCUCAGGACGGUCGGUGUCGUCCUCUUCGGCAAGGGCCCCGGUGGCGGCGGGAGGGUGCACGGCAUCGGGAACAGCGCCGCCGCCGCGAGCGGCGGGGUCGGAGUCAGGCGGCUAGCGGGUGGGUUUAUCGGGAAGGAGAACGCGGGCGGCACAGGCUACCGGACCGGCGCCAGCAGCAGCGCGAGCGGCGGAAAAGGAGGGCUGCUGUCAUCGCGGUUGCAGCAGCAGUACGGCUGGAAGGGGCGGUCGAUCCCUCCCCUCCGCGUGACGACGAUGACUUGGGAGAGGCCGCUGAGCGACCUGGCCCACGGGCGCGCGCUCCCCCCGGGGCUCCACAGCCUGCACUUCGCGUGCAGCUUCCGCUACUUCGACGUCGGCUGGGUCUCGUUCCCCACGAGCCUGCUGAGCUUGUCCUUCGGACAGAACUUCGACCAGUCGGUCGUCGUCGAAACGCUCUGCCGUACCCAGCUAUUUUAUUUUGCGGAGCGAGAUGCAGCGCGGGCUUGA